UCUUUCCGUCUUCUUCCCUGAUUUCCUUCUCUAGGGCUUCUAGUUCCCAGUGAAUAUGUGAUCUCUUAUUUUAAACAAAGAAAAUCACAAUGGAUGCUGGACCAAGAAGGUCGGAGGAGCUGCUUUCCAGAAAGAAAAAUCAGGCUUGAAAUGAAAGAACGUACUCCAGAGCUAAGUCUUUCUUUAUUAGAAACUCACAAGCCACAAUUCAUUAGUGAUGGUCCUGGUCACUUCUCUUGGAAAGAUAUCUGUGAUAUACUUGAGAAAAUCCACAGUGGAGAGAAAUUGUAUAAAGAUGAUCAAAGUGGGAAAGUUUUCACAGAAAGAUGGGCUCUUACUGGACAUAAGAGAAUCCACAUUACAGAGAAACCUAUUGAAUAUAACCAAUAUGAAAAGUCUUUCAAAUAUAAAAAUAGUUUUCCUAUUCAUCAUAAAAUCCAUGCUGCAGAGAGACCUUAUGAAUGUAACCAAUGUGGAAAGGUUUUUAUACAUAAGGUAUCUCUUGUUGUACAUCAGAGAAUCCACACUGGAGAGAAACCUUAUAAAUGUAACCAGUGUGGAAAGACUUUUAGUCGUAAAAGAUGUCUUAUUAUACAUCAGAGAAUCCACACUGGAGAGAAACCUUAUGAAUGUAAGCAGUGUGGAAAGGCUUUCACAAAAAAGGUACAUCUUAUUGUACAUCAGAGAAUCCACACUGGAGAGGAACCUUAUAAAUGUAACCAGUGUGGAAAGGCUUUUACAGAAAGUAGUGGUCUUAAGAGACAUCAGAUAAUUCACACUGGAGAGAAACCUUAUGAAUGUAACCAGUGUGGAAAGGCUUUUGCAUUAUAUGGAAAUCUUAAUAGACAUCAGAGAAUCCAUACAGGAAAGAAACCGUAUAAAUGUAACCAAUGUGGAAAGGCUUUUAAACAUAAGGUAUCUCUUACUGCACAUCAAAGAAUCCACACUGGUGAGGAACCCUAUAAAUGUAACCAGUGUGGAAAGGCUUUUAUAAGUAAGGUCUCUCUUACUGCACAUCAAAGAAUCCACACUGGAGAGAAACCUUAUGAAUGUAACCAAUGUGGAAAGGCUUUUAGAGACAAGAGAGCUCUUACUGUACAUCAUAGAAUCCACACUGGAGAGAAACCUUAUAAAUGUAAGCAAUGUGGAAAAGCUUUUAUAUAUAAGGUCUCUCUUACUGAACAUCAGAGAAUCCAUACUGGAGAGAAACCUUAUAAAUGUAACCAAUGUGGAAAGGCUUUUACACAGAAGGUAUCUCUUACUGCACAUCAGAGAAUCCACACUGGAGAUGAACCUUAUAAAUGUAACCAGUGUGGAAAGGCUUUUAUACAUAAGGUCUCUCUUACUGCACAUCAAAGAAACCACACUGGAGAGAAACCUUAUGAAUGUAACCAAUGUGGAAAGGCUUUCAUACGUAAGGAGUCUCUUACUGUACACCACAGAAUCCACACUGGAGAGAAACCUUAUGAAUGUAACCAGUGUGGAAAGGCUUUUACAGAAAGUAGAGCUCUUAAUACACAUCAGAGAAUCCAUACAGGAGAGAAACCUUAUGAAUGUAACCAAUGUAGAAAGAUUUUUAGUUGUAAAGGAAAACUUACUGUACAUCAGAGAAUCCACACUGGAGAGAAACCUUAUGAAUGUAACCAAUGUGGAAAGGCUUUUAGAGACAAGAGAGCUCUUACUGUACAUCAGAGAAUCCACACUGGAGAGGAACCUUAUAAAUGUAACCAGUGUGGAAAGGUUUUUACAGAAAGUAGUGGUCUUAAGAGACAUCAGAUAAUCCAUACUGGAGAGAAACCUUAUGAAUGUAACCAGUGUGGAAAGGCUUUUAGACAUAAGGAAGUUCUUACUGCACAUCAGAGAAUCCACACUGGAGAGAAACCUUAUGAAUGUAACCAGUGUGGAAAGGCUUUUGCAAUAAGUGGAAAUCUUAAUAGACAUCAGAGAAUCCAUAUAGGAAAGAAAUCUUAUAAAUGUAACCAAUGUGGAAAGGCUUUUAAACAUAAGGUCUCUCUUACUGAACAUCAGAGAAUCCACACUGGAGAGGAACCUUAUGAAUGUAACCAAUGUGGAAAGGCUUUUAGAGACAAGAGAACUCUUACUAUACAUCAAAGAAUCCACACCGGAGAGGAACCUUAUAAAUGUAACCAGUGUGGAAAGGUUUGUACAGAAAGUAGUAGUCUUAAGAGACAUCAGAGAAUCCACACUGGAGAGAAACCUUAUGAAUGUGACCAGUGUGGAAAAGCUUUCACAAAAAAGUCAUGUCUUACUAUACAUCAGAGAAUCCACACUGGAGAGAAACCUUAUGAAUGUAACCAAUGUGAAAAGGCUUUUAGAGAUAAGAGAGCUCUUACUGUACAUCAGAGAAUCCACACCGGAGAGGAACCUUAUAAAUGUAACCAGUGUGGAAAGGCUUUUACAGAAAGCAGUGGUCUUAAGAUACAUCAGAGAAUCCACACUGGAGAGAAACCUUAUGAAUGUAACCAAUGUGGAAAGGCUUUCACAAAAAAGGUAUGUCUUAUUGUACAUCAGAGAAUCCACACUGGAGAGAAACCUUUUGAAUGUAACCAAUGUGGAAAGGCUUUUAGAGACAAGAGAUCUCUUACUGCACAUCAGAGAAUCCACACUGGAGAGGAACCUUAUAAAUGUAACCAAUGAGGAAUGAUUUUUACAAAAAAAGGAAUCUCUUACUCAAAAUCAGAGGAUCCACACUGGAGAAAACACUUAUAAAUGUCACCAGUGUGGAAAGGCUUUCAGAAGAAAGAAUUCUCUUACUAUACAUCAGAGAUUCCACACUGGAGAGGAACCUUAUAAAUGUAACCAAUGUGGAAGUCCUUUUUUUUUUUUUUUUUUUUUUUUUUUUAAAGAGGAUUGGUUCUUGCCUGACUUAUGAAGAAAAGUAAAAACAUUGAAAUAAGGAGGAAAAUAACUUAGGUAAAGAACAUUGGGACAAGAUGUGCUAGUGCUAAUAUCUUCCAUACUUAGCCUUCCUUAGCUAUAACAUUACUUGGAGGAUGAGAAAAAAAAAAGAUGACUAGGGAUGGGUUCUUAGCCAUAUUGGAUCCUUCUUUUUCACCCGGUCACCUACUUGCAAGGCAGUACGGUAUAAUGGAAAGGUCCCUACAUUUGGACUCAGAAGACGUGGGUUGAUAUUCUAACACCGCUCUUCCUUAGAACUUCAAGUUAAGAAGCUUUUAUGAACCUGAUAUAUGCUAGACCUUGGCAUGUAAGAACCAAAAGAGAGUUACAAAAGGUGUCCCCUGCUCCUAUGAAGAUCACAGACUGGUGGGACUAACAACACAAACCACUAGGUGGAAACCCACCUUGGACCAGAUAGUGUCUCACUAAAUCACUAUCAAUAUUGUCUUGCUUUAUCCUUGUGAGAACCCAUUUUACAGAGAAAGAAACUGAGAUAAUCAGAGAUCCCUUGGCUUGACUAUCAAGUUUCUGAGUUGAGAUUAAAACUCGGGUCUUCAUGUCUUAAGGCCUAUCAAUCUAUCUACUGCACCAUCAUCUGUAUUCUGAUUUUUAACAGAAUAUUAUAAAAAUGUUGACACAUGUGGGAGGUCAAAAAAUAAAAAAGAAAUUGGAUAAACUCCCACUUAGAGAUAGAAAUUCAUUCUUUUCUACUCUAAUUAAAAGCUAAUUACUAUUAAAUAGAUUUAUAUUUCUAUUGAUUCAUGACAUGCAUUGGAUUAAAUGACAUGUGUACACAAAGGGCAAUUGCAAAUAAUGCUUUAUGUUGUUGGAUUAUUUUUCCCAGAUUUUUUUUUCAUUUUUUUUAAUAAAGCUUUUUUAUUUAUAAAACA